AUGCCUCCAAAAAGACAAAGACAAAGAACUACUCCAGCAGCCCCCGUAGCUGUAUCAGCAGAUAAAGAUGGAGAAACCACAACUGCAGAAACCAGGCCCAAACGCCAAAAAAAGGUUGACAAAGUUGAUAUAGAAGAAGAAAUUCAGCUUGAGGAAGUAACACAGAAAAAGGCUUCAUCUUCAAGCAUAAAGCAGAAAACAAAAGAUUCAAAAAAGGAAACUGGUGAGAAAAAAGCAAAGAAAAAAGAUACUGCCAGCAAAACUAAUGAAGAAGAUGCUGAAGAAACCAGACCCAAACGCCAGAAAAAGUCCACCAAAAUAGAUGAUCAUGAUGAAGAAAUUCAACUUGAGAAACCAAAAGGAAAAAAGGCCAGCAGUAAAUCUAAAUCAGAUGCAAAGAAAGAAGAAGUCAUUGAAGCUAUUGAUGAUGAAGAAAUUGCUCCAGGAAUAACCAAACGCCGCCAGAAAAAAGCACCAAUAGACUAUGUGGAAGAAUCAGACGAAGGACAACCUGCAAAAAAAGUUCAAAAGAAAGCAUCCAAAAAAACAAAUGCAACUAAAUCAGUUAAGGCCAAAUCAACUAAUGGAGAAGUUGCUCCAGUAGCAGCCAAACGUCAAAAAGAAGCACCAGUAGAAACGGUGGAGUCAUCAGAUGUAGGACAACCUGAAGAAAAAGUUCCAAAGAAAGCAUCUAAAUCAAAAACAACCAAAUCAGCAAAGGCCAAAGCAACAAAUGGAGAAGAGAAAGGCAAAGGGGAGGAACCAAAAGUAGCAGCCAAUAAAACAAUCACUGACUGGGGAUCUAUAGAGUAUACCUGUUCUAAAAAGAAUGGAGAAGAUAAACCACACAACUUGAUAAUAAGCUGUUGGAAUGUGGGCGGCCUGAAGAGUUGGGUAGCGAAAGGCUGUUUGGAAUAUUUGGAGCACGAAAAACCGGACAUUUUCUGUAUGCAAGAAACGAAGUGCAGCGAGGAAAAGUUGCCCGAUCAAAUCAAAGAUAUCAAAUUGUACAAACAGUACUGGUGCUCCAGCAAGAAGGAGGGCUAUGCGGGCGUGGGGCUGUUCACCAUCAAGGAGCCCAUCAGCGUGACUUACGGCAUCGAGGAGCCCGAAAUCGAUGAGGAAGGCCGAUGUAUAACAGCGGAAUACGAUCAGUUCUAUCUCGUCUGUGUGUAUGUACCGAAUGCAGGCCGUAAACUCGUUACCCUACCGAAACGCCUCGACUGGAACUCGGCCUUCAAAGGCUACGUGAACCGUUUGGAGGCCCGCAAGCCGGUCAUCAUCUGCGGCGAUAUGAACGUGUCGCACCAGGAGAUCGACCUCGCUCGCCCCGCCAGCAACAAGAAGAACGCCGGGUUCACGCAGGAGGAGAGAGACGGAAUGACGGACUUUUUGGGCGAAGGGUACGUGGACACGUUCAGGGAGCUGUACCCGGAUAAGGCGGACGCAUACACGUUCUGGACGUACAUGGCCAACGCUCGAGCGAAGAAUGUGGGAUGGCGUCUGGAUUAUUUCAUCAUUUCCAAGAAGAUAAUGCAAAAAGUUUGUGAUAAUGUUAUAAGGAGUGAGAUAGUAGGCUCAGAUCAUUGUCCUAUAACCUUAUUUAUUAAUAUCAAUGCAGAGGGCCCAAGGGCAAUUACCAAAUAA